UUAGAGAACAACCGCUAUCGAGAAGCAACCGCGUGUAGUCAGAUAGGGAAAUAUCCUGGUAUAUACGGUGCAGGUGGAUACCGGCGUCUAAAUGCUCGUGCCAGUCCACUUACACGGCGUGGUAGGCCGAGAGAACGCUAUCGGAUAGAUCUUUUCGAAAUGAAGUUGACUGAAGUAAUGUCAAAGCUGAUCAACUCGAGGCAGGAAGAACAUGCAGAUGAAACAUUAGUUAUUCAAAGUUUUUGUCUAGUUGAAAAGAAGUAUCUCAAC